CCCGCUAAUCCGCUGGCCGGUUUAGCUUGCUAGCUGCUGCUGCUACUGCUCGCUGCUCACGCUCGCCGUCUUAUAUAAGUCUGACCCACGUCGGCACGCGCAGUUGGCCAUCCACCAGUUCCUCCUCACACACCCCACUACAACCACUCACAAUGGUCUACACCCCCAAGAAAGCCUAUGUCAUCGGCGUCGGCUCGACAAAGUUUGACAAGCCGCGCGGCGAGCGCGACUACGACGCGCUCGGCAUCGAGGCGACCGUCAAGGCGCUGACUGACGCCGGCAUCACGUACGAUGCCGUCGAGUCGGCUACCGUCGGGUACGUGUACGGCGACUCGACGUGUGGCCAGCGCGUGCUGUACACGAUUGGCAUGACGGGCAUCCCGAUCCUCAACGUCAACAACAACUGCUCAACCGGCUCGUCGGCGUUCGUCAGCGCCGUGCAGGCCGUGCAGUCUGGCCAGGCCGACUGCUCGCUCGCGCUCGGCUUUGAGCGCAUGGCCCCCGGCUCGCUCUCGUCGCCGUGGACCGACCGCCCGUCGCCCAUCCAGGGCACGUACAUGCAGGUGCUCCAGAUUGAGGACGAGAAGGCGUAUGCCACGCCUGAGAAGGGCCCCUCCGCCGGCCGCAUCUUCGCCGCCGCCGGCAAAGAGCACGGCGAGCGCUACGGCUCGACCCAGGAGCACUGGGCCAAGAUCUCGGCCAAGAACCACCAGCACUCGGUCAAGAACCCGUACUCGCAGUUCCGCUUCGCACCGACGUGGCAGGAGGUGCUCAAGGCCCGCCCGAUCACGCGUGAGCUCACGCUCCCCAUGUGCUCGCCCACGUCGGACGGCGGCGCCGCGGCCGUCGUGGCCUCGGAGGACUUUGUCAAGAAGCACAACCUCCAGGACCGCGCUGUCGAGGUUGUCGGCCAGGCCGUGGCCACCGACAGUGUCCACCUCUACGAGGACCACUCGCGUAUCGAGCUCGCCGGCGCCGACAUGGCCCGCCAGGCCGUCGCCAAGGCGUACAAGCAGGCCGGCAUCGGCCCCAACGACGUGCAGGUUAUUGAGCUGCACGACUGCUUUGCCCCCAACGAGCUCAUCACGUACGAGGCGCUCGGUCUCUGCAAGACGGGCGAGGCGCACAAGCUUGUCGACGCCGGCGACAACACGUACGGCGGCAAGUGGGUGGUCAACCCCAGUGGUGGUCUCGAGUCGAAGGGUCAUCCCCUCGGCGCCACGGGCCUCGGCAUGAUCUUCUACCUGACCCUCCAAGUGCGCGGCGAGGCCGGCGACCUCCAAGUUCCCAACGUGCGCAACGCGCUCGCGCACAACCUGGGCCUGGGCGGCAGCUGCGUGAUCAGCAUCCUGCGCAAGCCGGCCUUCUACCGCGCCGGCACGACGUCUGCCCAGCGUGCGGGUUACGACGUCGCGCGCGAGGUGCGCCGCGUCACGCAGACCGAGCUCAACAAGGUCCGCGCGAGCAAGUUCUCCGACUACGUCGAGCCUGCGCUUGCCGAGCGCGCGCGGUUGUAAGUGCCCGAGGAGGGGGCUGCGGGGGCCGAGGCGAGGCGAUAGCCGAGGCCGUGGCAUCCGCGCUCCGCGCGCCGACGCGCGCCGCGUUGUCAAAAGAGGAUCGUAGUGUAGCC